AGACGAUUCCGAACUAAGGUAAAAGGCACGAGACAAAUUAUGAAAGUUGCAAAGGUAGAAGAUAACAUUGCUCUUCAUCUUCGUGGUGGGGGGGGGGCAUUUUCCUUUCCCCGCGUUGAAAGACCCCAUUUUCAUCUGAUAUUUUUUAGUAUUCAUUUUUUAACCUUUUACACUCAAUCACUAUUGUGCUUUUGUCAUUAAUGUUCUACAACGAAAAUGGAGAGAAAGGUGGGCGUACAGAAUGUGGUCAUUUGGAUUUUGAUGCCAUGUCUUGUCAUCGGGGCAGGAGGCAGUUUUUUGGACAAUGCCUGUGCUCACGGAAGGAGGACACAUUCAUUGGCGACUUUUCAAGGAAAUAUUAACCGAUUUCUGCUAGCUCAUAAUGUCAAUGUCUGCACAAACUGGAUGAAUAUUGAUAAUAAUAAUAAUGCAAUAGCCUGUCUGUCACCAGAACCGUGUCGUAAUGGAGGACAUAGUAACAUAACUCAUCGGGGGGAUAACUCAGGAUGUGACUGUCCAUUCGGAUUUAGUACACCGCACUGCGAAUUUAAGUGUGAGAAGUUCUACACAAAGAAGAACCAUGUGGUCCAAAGUUUGACGCAAUUGGAUCCAUUAAGAAGACGGAUAGCGCUGAGUUACAUAGGCAAAGGCAUGUAUAUUGUCUUAUCGUCAAAAGACCUGAAUAGAGUCACCAAAAAUACAAUGGUUGCUAUAGGGAUGUGCCUCUGGAAGAUGAAAAAGAGGUUCGUCGUUAAAAGAUCACCCGAAAGCUCAUGCGAUUGUACCUAUAGUAACCCCGUCCUCAUGUCUGUGGAUGAUCCAACAUUGGCCUGCAAUGGAAAGGGAAUGAACAAUGUAUGGAUUGACUUCACGAACCACACCCUUCAGGUGGGUCACGUCGGCAACCCGGAACCACUCCUUCAAUGGAAAGGCGACCGCCAAUUGAACAUCAGAUACGUUGGUGUAAAGGUUGUAGACAUCGGCUGGCAGGCAGCACGAUUUAGAUUUGAUUUCCCCUGCAGAGACUGAGAAACGAAACUAAACUCGUAUGAAAGAAAUCGUUAGAAUAUAAGAAUGCAUACAAAUAGAUCUUGUGAAAAAAACGGCAUUUUGUCGGCCAGUCAAUAAUGACAGGGGCGAUGCGAGGAUAGUAUGAUAAGGGCACUUAAAAAGGCCUAUCCGGAACUUAUUAGUGGUUUGUAACCUAACGGUGGCGUAUCUUAUUUAUUAACAAAAUCAAUGGAAAAUGUAUUGUUUCACACACAGCCCAUGACUUUUUUAAUAUUCUUUCUUCACUCUUCAUUUUCUUCCCGCUUUUCUCCCUAUGUUCUUCUCGUUUUUUUUUAAUAUUUCAUUUUUUCACGACCAGAAAGAUCAUAGGGGUGUUCAACCCCUGAAGCUCCGCCACUGUUUCGCAAACAUAAACCUAUAGUGAUUUGGAGAAAGGAACGGGAAUAGUAAAAAAGGGUUAAUACCAAAAAAGUAAGGUCAACUCGUCCAAAAUACAUGUUUUAUUUAGAUUUUGAAUGAUGUAUUUCUUUCCAUUAUAAAAGACCACAAAUUGUAGGGGGGGGGACAUUUUAUAUUGUGUCCCCCUAUUUUGGGUAGGGGGGACGCGUCCUCCCUGCCCCCCCCCCUGGGAUUUCCGCCCAUGUUUGUAUCGAACCUCUACUUUUGUUGCUCCCCUCAUUGUUUGGUUGGAUCGUUCAAAAACAUGUUUCUGUAGAAUGUUCGCAUUACAAAGUAUAUUCCAAUAUUGAUGCUUUCCUAUGGAAUCGGUGUAUGAAUCUAUUGCUGUUUGUCAUUAACGAGGGCAUAUUAUAAUAUUUAUGUUUCUACUCUCAAGGAAAGAUCUGCCCACCACUGUAUCUUUCUUAUCUAGAAAGAAUAACGAGAAACAUAGUUAUCCUAUACUCGUCAAAGCCAUCGUUAUCGUCUUUCCAGUACUCGUACUGCUUUUUCACAUAAUACAAAUGUUGUCACAGGUCCAUUAGUUUGGAAUGAUCUACAAACCGACUUGAAAAAUUCCAGGUCCAUAUAUUCUUUUAAACGUAUAACUUGAAAAAUGAUAUCUUAAACACAUAUCUGAUUGAUAAUCACUCGGCUUCCUAAUAUUCAACCUAACUAUUGUCUACCCUCCUUUUUCACUGUUUCUCUCUUUCAUUUUUCACGUAUUUUUUCUCCUUUUGUGUAAUUGAUAUUAAAAACAAAUUGACAAUGCUAAAAGUUAUUAAUAUGGAAACUGUGAAUUACAAGCUCUGUUUUUUAAUAGUUAACCCUUUAUAGUUAUUCUCAUUUUUGUAAUAUAUCUGGCUCCAAUCUGGAAUGUUCAAAUGUUAUUACCAUUGUCUUAUUCAUUGUCUUAUUCAUAACUUUUUAUUGAAUUAAUGUCAUGUAUUGUAUCAUUUUAUCAUUAAUGAUUUAUUAUUUCUUGUCGGAUGUUAUAUUGUAUUAUAUUUUGUGAGAUACAAUAAUAUAAACCACACUGAAACUGAAUCUGGCGGAUUCAAUUUUUGGCUUCACUUCUGUGUUUGUAAUCAAUUCUCAUGAAAUUAUGAAUUAUUUCCAUGAAUAUUCAUAACCAUGUCAAACUAUUCUUUUAUCGCAUACUUGACCUUUUGUGAUUUUGUUUGUAAUAAAGUUUUCGUUUG